AUGAAAUAUUCUAUUUGGUGCUUGUUAUUAGCGAUCAACUACGUUCAAGGUUGUGUAAUCAAAACGAUUUACAAUGACGAAGUGGAAGAAAGACGAAUAACUGACAAACGCGUACAGAUCUUAUACGAACACCUAGAUGGAACCAAGGAUAAAGAUGGCAUCAUGUUUGAAAAUUGUAACGGAACUCUACAAAUAUAUUACGAACAAUGCCAGGGCGAAGAUGGAUUUCAUUUUAUCAAAUUGAGAAUUACACCUUUCCAUUUGCCCGAGGAUGAGAAGAAUCUUGACAUCAGCCAAAUGAUCAACCAAACAGAUACCGAUUUAAAUGACAAUACUGUCAAUAAAAGAUACGAAAUUGACAACAAAGGCUCCAUCUUUGCGUUAAAGGGAUUGCGAAUUGGUAAUCAAAAAAGAUACAUUAGAUUGAUUUGGUUUGAUAAUGAAUAUCUAAAUUAAUCAUCAAAAGUUUGUAUAAAUUGGUGUUGGG